AUGUAUAGUCUAAUUUAAACUCAUAAAUUUAUUGUUUAGGUAAAUGAUUAUCAUACAUUCCCCUACUAUUACUGGGAUCUAUACUCUAACUAUCCAAACUAGCAUGUUCAUCAUUAUUAUGAUGCCUAUUAUAAUCAUCUGAAAAAUGACUACGAUAGACACAUUUAAUAAGAAUCUGAAAAUGAAAUGAGGACAAUUAAUGAGCUAAAAGAUAGAAUCAAGAUGCUAACUUAGAAGGCAAAGCUGAAAGAGAUUGAUAUGCUUGGUGAGAAGGAGGAUUUAGAGUAAUUUAAAGAAGCUCUACUCAUGAAGGAACAGGAAUAAAUUGAAGCUGAUAAACAAGUAUAACUUGAACUUAAGAGGAUUUAGGAUAUUAGUAAAAGAAUAGAUGAUAAAUGUGAAAAUUUACUAUUACCUCCUCCUAAAUAUUACUUCCCUCCCUAACCUUGGUCAUCAGUUAACGGUGUUUAUGAGACGGGAAUGCCAAUGGUCUUUUGUAACAGUUGCUAAUUACAUCAUCAUCCCCAUCAUCAUUGUACAGCGAUGUCUGCAUGCUGUAACAAAUCUAAGGUUAUUUAAGAAAAUUUUGUCUAUGUCUAGAAUGCGGGAAAUAGUUUCAGGAAUCGAGAUAGAAAUAUGAAAUCUUCAAGAAGUGUUAGUGAAUUAAACUUUUUCGAAAAAAACUCUUUGAAAAAAUCUCUCAAUGAAAAAAGAAAGUGGAUUGACUAUAAUAAUCUUAGCAAGUAUUAUUAGUGA